AUGACGACAACGACUUCUUGGAGAGUGGCUCUGGUAGGCAGCACAGGAGGUGGCACGGCCACUCUGGGUCACACGGAUCCUCCCGAGUUGCUUCAGAUCAUUCAUGAUCGAUUAUUGCAAUUGCCGGGUUGUACGGGAAUUUCCACGGCUCUGCUGGUGGCUCUGGAAGGAGGAAAAGGCUUUGAUACGGUGGAUGAACGCAAGGAUAGGGCAUUGCUGUACGCAGUAUUGCCCAAAGAUGAUAACCCUACUACAGGUACUAGCAGUCGUCUACCCGUGGAAGUGAUACGAUCGGGUCUACUCCAAGACGUCAAUCAAACCUGCCGAGAACUCAGCCAGAAAUUGGCUCGGUCUAUACGUGGCGAGAGCAGUUCAGACGACAGCAAUAAUGUAUCUGCCCUGAUUUGCAUUUCCGUCAGUGUGGACAUUUUUGCCGAAACCUUGCAAGCAGCCUCCAGUUCCGACAUUCCCGUCACCGGCACCGGUGGAACGUCUCUGGCAUUGGCAGCCUCCCGAUAUCAAAUACGGUUGGUGGGAAAUGCCGGAGGAUCAGUGGCCAAUACUUCCUUGACGCGGGCAGUGUCGUAUGUCCAUGCACUGGCGACGGCCAUGAAUGUGCCCUAUCAACCUUGGAGGAAACCGCAAGCAUCCCAUGGACCCAGGUGGAGAUCUAUUCUGAAUGCCUGUCUACCAGCCUUUUGGGGGGUCUGUCUGCUACGUCGAAGUCUCUUGUCUAUAAACUCAUUCUUGGAAUCCAAUGGUGAUGGAGUCAUUCCAGUACAAUACAAUCCGCUCGCAAGAAUCCUAUCAUUCCAGGAAGACAACAAUAUGGAACCACUCCUCCCUCUACUUCUUCUGGUUCUCGAACGACACGCACUGCCGACGGCCUGUGCCGUGGUGACGGCUUGUAGUAGUACGACGACAGCCACCAAUCAUGGAGGAGUCGAUACAUCCAGUCGCAUCAUGGCCAGCGUUGUGGCAUCCACCGUGGCCUCGCGGUCGCUUCUCGCUGGCAUGUUGGCAGGAUACCUGGUGGCCCGCUGGCAAGAAAAGAUCCUCAUUCACUGUGUCCUUCACAAUGUUCCCGCCACCAUGACCAAUCUACUGGCGACGGGUGGGGUCGGUGCUGUCAUUGCCGCCAUGCUUCUUCCCGUGUCUCCGCUCUUGCAAAGCCUUACGGCGCUGAUGCGGUAUGCCAUUGAAUGCUCUGUUUCCAUGACAACAAUACAUGAUGUACAGUUCCUGCCAUCAUCCAUGGCAGGUAAUAUAUCGUUGGGAGCCUUUUUAUGGGGGUGCUUGUGUUGUUAUGGAAGCAAGGUGGGAUGGUACCAUGCUCUCUUUUUGCCACUGAUUUUGGUCGAAAUGGAGCUGGGGGGAGCAAGCUUUUUGGGAGCAAUCGACGAACUCACUCUGGUAUUGGUCUGUGCUGGAAUUUGCGCGGCCAAUCUGGUGUCGGCUUGUUGGCUAAUCAAGAAGCCGGCAUUGUUGACGGAUGCCAACAGGGCCUUGUGCUGGAGAGCCGUUCGAAUCAAUCUUUUGUAUGGCGACUUUGUGGAGGCCUGCUAUCCGGAAAUGGAACAGAACGUGCUGGUCAAUGUUUCUGGUUAUGUUGCCAGUGGGCUGUCAUCGGCUAUACUGGUGGCCCGAUCUUCAUCACCCGAGGAGGUUCCCAAGAGUCUGGCAUACUUGCCAUGGCCGGUGGCGGUAUGGUUGUCCGGCACGGAUUGGUGGCCCAUGUUUGUGGCGUCUGUGGUUGCUUUUGGCAUUCCAUUCAUUGCCACCCUUUUGAAUGAUAUUCUGUUCAAGAAAGCUCCCAUAAAGCAAGAAUAG